AUGAGCGUACGGCCCAGCAUGAUAUUCGCAGUCUUACCUGCCGUGGUACAGAAUCGCAUACCUACCAUUCCCUCGAUCCGACGGUCGAUCAGCGGGAUACGCGAGCGAGGAUUUUAUAGCAAGACCGACUCGUUGGUGGAGUUAUCGGUACUGGAGACCCCGCCACCAGAAUACACAUCGACAGUUGAGAGCGGCAGCGCGACACCGAGUAGGCACUCGAUUGUAUCUGAGGAGACGGAGUAUGCGUACUCAGACGACGUACCCGAAUCGUCGAGCGGUCCUAUGGGUAUGGUAACACCGAUGUCGUCGAACUACGAGCAGAAGACCGGGAUCCGUUGGAAGCAUGCGAGUUCAGGAAUAACUCUCAUGAGCCAAGCAUAUCGCGAAUCCAUCACACCUGCAAUCGCCGCCGAUGAGACAUGCGCCAGUCUAACAAGAUCGUUAUAUCUUCAUGGCCUGACAUACCUCAUGCGUGGCCUCCCAGCCCACCUCACGCCAGAGGAGUCGUCGAGCCUCCAAGCCGCGAUCCCUCCAAGCAUCAUUAAUUCGUACGCCACCCCAUGCACCCACGCCCUCAUCUCGAUGCCCUCGCAUACACAAUCGUCGCAAGAAGCAUCCCCACAGGACGCCACAAUGCUGCACCGCGUAACAGCAAUCCUCGUCUUCCAAACCCUGAUGUUCAUACAGUUUCUGCUACCAUACAUCAAGCUGUUUUUUGGGCAUGCAUACCGUCUCGAGCGCGAACAUAAGAUCAUGCAGCGGAUCAUGAGUACAAGCGUAAAUACUGCAGAUGAAUUGACGCGGAGAGGGUUGAGGCUUAGCCAGACGAUAUGCCGGAUGAACGAUGGGAAGGUGGGGCAGACGGUUAACGAGGUGGUGAUCUGGUGGGUGAGGGGGGUGACGGGUGGGCUGCAGCAGGGGAUCGAGGAGGGGUGGGGAGUUGUUGGCGAGGGGAGGCAGGGGGAUGCUCAGAGGAGGGAGGAAGUCAGGAGGUGA